AUGUCGAUUUUCGACGACGCCCGCAGAGGCGCCCUCAUUGGCGCCAGGCUGGACAACUGGCUUCGCCCUGACUACAGCGCCCUCAACUCCCAGGACCCCAGCACCGGCUGGACACUGCUUGCAACCGCCGUGGUGUCUGGAAUCCCGAACCAAGUCGAACAGCUCCUCAAGCGAGGCGCAAAGGCAAACCUCCGCUGCAGGAAUGGCGAGACGCCGCUCCUUCUCGCGGCUUGGAAGACGUUGAUGGAGCGUCCGCUGAUCGUGCAGAUGCUUCUUUCUUACGUUCCCAAGAAAUCCAUCGACCAUACGUGCGACCUUGCGGAGAACAACACGCCACUGAUGUGGGCGAUUGAGAGGCUGGAUGUGGAUUCUGUGCGGCUGCUGGCGAAGGCUGGCGCGAGGUUGCAUAUUAAGAAUGAUGACGGCUUCGAUGCGGUUGAGGUUGCGAAAAAUACCGGGAAGCACUCCGUGCGUAACGCACUGUACCCGGAGAAGGAGCAGUCGUACCUUGCACGCCUUGCGUCUAAUGUCAUAACAUUUGGGCGUCAUGUUGUCUCGUGGGUCGACAACAAGUUUAAUGGCUUCAUGGGCAAGGUGUUUGGGUUCAAGGGGGAGCACCACAAGAGCGCCGAAAAGCCUGCCCCGGAGGAGCCCACUCCCCAGGAAUUCAUCAAACACGUCGACACCUACGUCAAAGACACGCCUGCGCUGGAGGCCUUCUUCAAGGACAACAAGGAGUUCAUGCAGGACAUAGCGAAAAAGGCAGUGGACCUUGCCAACGACCCCACCACAGACUUGGGCAGCCCAGAAGUCCUCCCCAAGACCAUCAAAGUGACCAUGCAUCAGCAGGUCAUCUACUGCGACGACAGCAGCUCCAUGGUCAACGCAAAAGGCACGGCUGAAAAACGAUGGGAAAACCAAAAGAGCCUCGCCCUGCGCAUUGCGCGGACCAUGACCCGCAUCCUCCCCGACCGCGAGGGCGUCGCCCUCCGCUUCAUUAACCAGACAACCAACGAGUCCCCCUCCCUGGACCUCGAGGGCAUCGGGCGGGCCCUCGACUUGGCCGAUCCGAAGGGCAACACGCCCAUCGGCACGACGCUGCGAGAGCGUAUCCUCAAGCCGCUGGUGUUCAACCCGCUCGCGGUGGGCAAGCUGAAGAGGCCGCUGCUUGUAUCCGUUCUUACCGAUGGGGGCCCGACGCCCGAGGCCCCGGGCACGCUGGCGAGUGUGAUUGUCGAGUGUGGGAAUGACUUGGAGAGGAAGGGGUAUCCGAGGGACUGCGUGAAGUUCUUGAUCGGCCAGGUCGGGUCGUCGAAAGAAGCAGUCGAAUUUCUGGACACGCUCAGGGACAACCCGGCCAUUGCCAGCGUAUCGCAUAUCUUUGCGGGCAGGAUGGAUGACAAGUUCAAGUCGUUUCGUGAUGAGCGGAGUUUAGACCGAUGGCUGGUUGAGACGCUGUUCAAGCCCUUGGCGGCUGCUGAGGCUAAGAAGAAGGAGGGAUAGCCACACUCUUGGGUUUCGUCUUCGGCUUGACGGUGUAAUUCCUAGGGCGGAAAGCCUGUCUUCCAAGUUGUCACUCGAAUCUCG